AUGGAUGCUAACCUGACCAGCAUCUCCACCGCAGACUUGCAGACCGCCGUAUCGCACUGCGCCGUAUCUCCUUCCUCUUCCAGAGCCAAGUUCGCCAAUUGGGCAAAGACUUUCGAAUGUUUACCCGAGAGGGUCUUUGAACCUGUCGACGCACUACAAUGUCGCCAAGUUCUAGAACUUGUUAGAAGAGAAGGCAAGAAUCUGAGACCGGUUGGAGUGGGGCAUUCUCCUUCCGAUUUGACCUGUACUAGAGGUUGGAUGAUACGUAUGGAUUCGUAUGGAGGUUUGGUCCAGAUUCACCACGGACCUUCCACUCUGACGGAAUCCACUUCAGCAACUUUCAAAGCCGGUACCACACUUCAUCAAAUUCACAAAUUUCUGUCUCAAGCUUCACCUCCAUUAGCCCUUCCUAACAUCGGUUCCAUUUCCGAUCAAACUAUUGCAGGAUUGAUCUCCACCGCUUCACACGGUAGUGGAGUCAAUUAUCCUGUCAUAUCGAACCACGUUCGUUCCCUCCUCCUCGCUCUCCCAUUACCUGGAGCACCGAUCGUUCGAGUCUCACGGACGGAAGACGCUGAAUUAUUCAAAGCAAGUUUGUGUGGAUUAGGAGCGACGGGGUUGAUAUUGGAAGUUGAAAUCGAAGCUGAGCCUGCAUAUAGGUUGAGGGAGAGUAAAACGCCUAUGAAAGUUGAAGAUGUUUUGGAAAGGUUAGAUGAGAUUAAACAUAGUGCGGAACAUGCUAGGGUGUGGUGGUAUCCAGAUGGAAAGGGUAUGAUUGUCGGUAGGGCUGAUAGGACGUACGAGCCCGCUAAACCAGUCCCAUCGCUUUGGGCACAUAUACUAGGCUAUCACGUCACUCAGUUCUUCCUCUUUUGCUCUCGUUAUUUCCCCUCGCUUACUCCUUGGGUCGGGAUGUGGGCUUGGUGGUUGGUAAACCAACGUUCGGUGGUUGUUGAUGAGGGACACAAGGUUCUCAACUUUGACUGCUUAUUCCCUCAAUACACGGUGGAAUGGGCAAUACCGUCUUCUAACGGUAAAGCCUGUCUUGCGGAAAUACAAGCAUGGUUUGCGAAAGAAGCUUCUGAUCCUAAUGGUGUGAAAACGCAUUUCCCGAUGGAAAUUCGGUGGUCUUGCGCGGAUGACAUUUAUCUAUCGCCUUCAUAUGGUAGGGAAACUUUAUGGAUCGGCAUCGUGACUUAUCGACCCUAUGGUCUAGCAAUGCCUUAUCGUAAACUUCACGAUACGUUUUCCAGUAUUUUAGCUUCCCACGGUGGUCGUCCACAUUGGGCCAAAACACAUAACCUCAAUCCGAAAUCGAUUGAAGCUUUGUAUCCCGAAUGGGAAGUCUUUCGUCGUGUUUGCGAUCGUGUGGAUCCCGAACAUGUAUUGAGGAGUGAGUAUCUCCUGAGACAUUUGGAAGGGAAAGAUGUGGAUGAGAGGGAGUUCAAGAGUUAUAAUCCUAGAUCUACCUCUGCUCUUGGGAACGGGAAUGGGAAUGGGAAUGGGAAUGAUCUGAGUGUGAUGGAGGUGGAGGAAGUAGAUAUAUAGAUUUGUUUAGAUUUUAUGAUGUUUUGUGUCGUCGCAUUAUGCAUGUCCUGGGCUCUC